GGCUCUACAGCGGGCAUCGGGUCACCAGGCAUCAGGUCAUUUGGCUCGACAGCAGGCAUCGGGUCACCAGGCAUGACAGCAGGCACUGGGUCAUCAGGCAUCAGGUCAUUUGGCUCGACAGCGGGCACCGCGUCAUCUGGCAAGGCAGUGGGCACCGAGUCACCAGGCAUGACAGUGGGCUCUGAGUCAAUUGGCACGACAGCGGGCACCGGGUCAUCAGGUACCGGAUCGUCUGGCUCCACAGCGGGCAUCGGGUCACCAGGC